AUGUCCACACACGCAUCGGAUGGCGGACCCACCCUCCUCUCGCUCCCACCCGACUUUCCGCGUGCAGACUGGUCUCUUGCUCGUCUCGGGAUGCCCCCAUACAUGGUGGGCGAGUAUCGGUUCGAAGUGUCGUGGGCCGCGAGGCAGGCCAGCCCGCACUGGGCCACGGUCAUGUCUGCCUCUGGCGGCGGUGUGAUAUCGGCCGCUUGCUUCAAGCUUGCCAUCGUUGACAAGGCGCUCGAGGUCAACGCAACCCACACGUGUAACCGGGUAUGCCUGCUCCGCAAACCGAUCAGUUUCAAGCAGUGGAUGCGCGAGACGGACGAGGUGCUUGAGGACCUGUACAUCAUUUUACCUUCCGUGUCCUUGACAGAUGUGUCAGUCCCGGGCCUCUCUGUUCUGUUGACAGCUUGGUCCUCCUCUGACUGGUCGUCGGCAUCCGAACAACUGCCACCCGGCUUGCCUGCUCCUGCAACAUUCGAGGACUUGUACGCCUUCCUCCGCCUUGCAGUCAACCUGUGGAUCCCGCGGUUCGACAUUUAUGACCCUCCACCUCGGCAUUCCAAGGACUGUGCCGUCUUCGACAUUGCGGAACUCGGACCCUUUGCUGCAAAGUACUCUGAGCACGUCCACCUGGUUUGCAUCGAGGACCCUGCUGCUGGACGCAAAACGACGGCCACGACGGUCGUGUUCUCCCCGUCGGUUAUUGCGACGCCUCGGUCCUCGGUCACGGACAAGGCGAUAACUCCAAUGUAG